AUGCAAAACUUUGCGGAACACUCAUCCAACGCCAUUACCAAACCGACAAACAGUCGGAUCCUCUACGACAUACCGUGCAAAGUGUGCAAGGACUUUUCGUCCGGCAAACAUUAUGGCAUAUACGCAUGCGACGGAUGUGCGGGGUUUUUCAAAAGAUCUAUUCGGCGUAAUAGACAAUACAUUUGCAAAUCAAAAUCGGAAGGCGCAUGUCCGGUCGACAAAACGCACCGGAAUCAGUGUCGAGCUUGCAGGCUCCGAAAAUGUAUGCUUUCGGGAAUGAACAAAGACGCUGUUCAACACGAGCGCGGGCCUAGAACGUCGACAGUUCGUCGACAACUCCAAGGACUCUGUUACUCUAAAGAUCGAUCGACGAGCAACUCUCCGCCGUUGGAUUUAACGCCCAAGAGGUCCCCCGAAUGUUCGACCACUUGUUCGACCCCACCUGGCAGAUACAUUCCCGAUUCGCAUUUAUAUUUGUCGGCUUUCCGACCACAGAUGUCAAUGAUGCCGAGAUUUUUAAACACUAUGAGACUCACGCAAGCAGUUUACGAGACGGCCGCUUCGAUUUUGGUCACAGUUUCUACGAUCAAAAGUUUUCCCGCUCUGAUGACUCUGCCUUUUGUCGACCAGUUUGAAUUGCUCCGGGAAAGCUGGCACGAACUGUUCAUAUUGACGGCCGCUCAAUUUUUUUCGGACACCGAUAUCUCUCUGCUGCACGAAGAGCACCGGUCCAACUUUGGAUCGUCGCUGGACAUCGACGAACAAAUCGCCGUGUUCAAGGAUACGUUGGCCGCGGUAAAACACCGGCAAAUCGAUCCGAUCGAACAGUACUUGUUGAACGAAAUCGUACUGCUCAAAUCAGCAUCAGUCAAGGGCCGCGGCUGCAGCAGUUCCGAAAACACGGAAACCAUUUUGGACGGGCUGUCCGUGAAGAGCAAGGAGGCGCUCAGACGGCACGUGCACCACGUGCACAUGGCCCGCCCGGACGCUCGAUACAACGAGCUGAUCGACAUAUUACCCGGUAUCCGGUCAGUGCCGAAAACCACGGUCGUCGAGCUGUUCUUCCGCCGCACCAUCGGCCAGACGCCCAUCGAACCGUUCGUGUGCGGCACGUACACCAACUAUCUGCAGACAGCGCCGCACUUGCAGACCAUCAUCAGCAAGGCCAAGAUAUGCCAUUGCUUGCAGUGA